AUUUUAUUUAUUCUUUUUUUUAACGAUGUUUUCCUAGACCUACCACUGUAUUUUCUGGCAAGAUGCUGAUGUGAGGAAAAAUGUACAAUUAACCCCAGUCAGAAUAUCCCCCACUAUUGACAAUGCCAGUAGACAGUAAUAAACCAGUGUCAAAGUUAAAGGGCAGUCGAAGGAGGGCCCAGACCAGUGAGGAGGUUCACUCCCCUCCCAUGCUGAGGUUUGACUCUGAUGUGGAUAUGAUGCCCCCUCAUGUCAGAAAGAGACUGCAUGAUCUUUUUUCACAGAUUGAGAAGGAAUUUGAAACUCUUUAUGCUGAAAAUCUUGCAUUGCAAGAGAGAUUAGAUGCCCAGACAGAGAGAGUAGAGGCUACCCACAGAGAGGCUAGUUCUAUAGAUAAUACAGAUAAUUCUGAUAUCAGCCUCAAGCCAAAACGAUCAGGACAUGAUAUCACCCGACAAUCUUCUGCAGCUAGUCAGAUUUCCCAGAAGAUUAAAACUACAUACAAGGCUUCCACUAGUAAACUAGUCUCCAGUUUCCGGAACUCGUCGCUCUUAUUUUCUGUGGUGCGGAAGUUUGAAGGUCACAGAGAUGGGAUUUGGGAGGUAAUGGUGUCUCGUGCGAACCAGCCAGGACAACAGGUGCUUGGGACAGCUUCUGCUGACCAUACAGCAAGGAUCUGGUCCAUACAGACCCAGCAGUGUUUGCUUCAGUACUUAGGACACCAAGGAUCAGUCAACUCAAUCAGGUUUCACCCAGACCGAGAGCUAGCCUUGACAUCAUCUGGUGAUCAUACUGCCCACAUCUGGGGGGCACAUGUCACCCUCCCAGAGGCAAGCAAGAGAUUUGGACGAGCCGUGUCUGUUGAUGAUGAUGUAGACAACUCAGAAAAAGAGGAGCAACCAGAAGCUGAGAGUGUAGAGCAGGCCUGGGAGGCUGCCAUUCUAAGGACACCAUCAAUGGAACUUGUCGGACACUCUGGAGUGGUGGUAGCAGCUGAUUGGAUGUUGGAAGGAAACCAGGUCAUCACGGCAUCAUGGGAUAGAACAGCUCUUUUGUUUGAUGCUGAAACUGGAGAACAGAUCAAUUCCUUAACUGGGCAUGACCAGGAAUUGACAGAUGUACGAACACAUCAUUCACAGAAACUAGUGGUGACCUCCUCGAAGGACACAACCUUCAGACUGUGGGACUUCCGCAGUCCAAGCAUGCAGGUCAAUGUAUGUCAAGGCCACAACCAACCAGUGACCAGUGCAUUGUUUGCUGGCUCAGAUAAAGUUGUAUCAGGAAGUGAUGAUCGGACAGUCAAAGUAUGGGACGUCAAAAACAUGAGAUCUCCUUUGGCUGCCAUUAGGAUAGACUCUUCUGUAAACAGGUUGUCUGUUUCUUCAAGCCAGAGUUUGAUUGCGAUACCACAUGACAACAGACACAUCAGAAUCUAUGACAUCAACGGAAACAGAAUAGGACGACUUCCUAGAAGUAAUAGACAGGGUCAUAGUAAGAUGGUGACCUCCGUAGCCUGGACAGAGGAUCAUCCAGUGUGUAACCUGUUCUCCUGUGGAUUUGACAGAAAAGUCUUGGGCUGGAACAUCAACCUCCGAGAAAAGGACUGAAUAGACUGGGGAGUUCUGUUAAUUUUCAGUAGAAACCCUUCUGUACUGGUAUAUAUAAAGUAUUAUGUAAAUAAGUAUACAUAAAAAUAUAGCAGCUCAAGUUCAAACACAUAAAUAGUACUCCUAUAAAAGAGGUUAUUUUUUAAGAAGUGAUGUUGAAUUAGUGCAAUAUUUAUUACUUUAAAGUCUAUUGAAUUUUAUCCUUGAACAUCAAAAGGUUAAUUUUUCGUAUGUAAUAGCAUUUUGACUCAAAGACUGUUCAACAAAUAAGUGUUUAUGUCA